AUGUCCGACCUGAAGGAGGUGGAGGACCCAUUUCUGGAGAGUGGCAUAUAUGACGACCUGGGUCUGCCCACUGUUUCCGCGAAGGAGGAGGACCCCACUGAGGACUCAGACAACCUGUGCAGAGAUGUUGAAGUACCCUUUCUGCUGCUACAGCCAUCUGGCCGCCUCGACGCCGUCGAUUUGGUCCGCGGCGGGUUCCAGCCGCGCCUUCCGACUUCGCUGCCGCCCCCAGGGCAGCAGCAGCAGCCGUCGCCGCUACCACGCCGACAGCCCGUCCCGUUGAUGCCUCCCGCGCAGCUUCAUCCGGGAGCGCCCCAGGUGGUCGCUCCGGCGCCUGCGGUCCCUCUUCAGUCGCCACCGCCUUCGGAGCUGAUGGACGUCGACACCUCAGCCGGGCCGCCUUCCCAAGCGGUGGCUGUGCAGCCUGUCCUGCAGCCGCUUUCCUUGGGUACCACCAAGGAGUCUGACCCCGCAGCGCCUUGUCCGGCGCCCACUUAG